GGCGGCGAGGCCUGGAGCGGCGGCGGCGAUGCGGCCAGGAUGGCCGUCUCGGGGCUGAAGGCCGAGCUGCGCCUCCUCGAGUCCAUCUUCGGCCGCGACCACGAGCGCUUCCGCAUCGCCUCCUGGAAGCCCGACGAGCUGCAUUGCCUCUUCGUGCCCCCCGACGGCCCCGGCCAGGCCCCGCCGCCCCCGCCGCUCGCCAUCCACUGCAACAUCACGGAGUCCUACCCAUCGUCCUCGCCAAUAUGGUUUGUGGAAUCAGAUGACCCCAACUUGACUUCAGUGCUGGAACGACUAGAGGAUAUUAAAAGCAAUACUUUGCUUCUCCAGCAGCUGAAGCGGUUGAUAUGUGACCUCUGCCGCCUGUACAACCUUCCCCAGCAUCCGGAUGUCGAAAUGUUAGAUCAGCCUUUGCCGUCUGGCCAGAAUGGAACGACCGAAGAGGUGACAUCAGAAGAGGAAGAGGAGGAAGAUAUGGGUGAAGACAUCGAUCUGGAUCAUUAUGACAUGAAGGAGGAAGGACCGGCUGAAGGGAAGAAAACAGAGGAUGACGGCAUCGAGAAGGAGAAUCUGGCCAUUUUGGAAAAAAUCCGGAAGAAUCAAAGGGAGGAUCACCUAAACGGUGCAGUUUCUGGGUCUGUCCAAGCAUCGGAUCGGCUAAUGAAAGAGCUCAGGGAUAUAUACAGGUCGCAAAGUUUUAAGACAGGGAUUUAUUCAGUGGAACUCGUGAAUGACAGCCUGUAUGAAUGGCACGUGAAACUUCUAAAGGUCGAUCCUGACAGUCCGUUACACAGCGAUCUCCAAGUCUUAAAAGAGAAAGAAGGCGUGGAAUAUAUUUUACUCAGCUUCUCUUUUAAGGAUAAUUUUCCGUUUGACCCUCCGUUUGUACGAGUGGUCUCUCCAGUACUCAGUGGAGGGUACGUUCUGGGUGGAGGUGCUCUAUGCAUGGAACUUCUAACUAAACAGGGUUGGAGCAGCGCCUAUUCCACAGAAUCGGUCAUCAUGCAGAUUAAUGCCACGUUGGUCAAAGGAAAGGCCAGAGUUCAGUUUGGGGCGAAUAAGAGCCAAUACAAUCUAGCAAGAGCACAGCAGUCUCAUAAAUCUCUAGUACAGUUACAUGAGAAAAAUGGUAUGUAUGGCUGGUUCACACCUCCAAAAGAAGAUGGAUAAUAUUGAGGGCCACACUUAACAUUUGGACCAAUAUCAGUAAAAUAUUUUAUUUCCAUGCAGACUCAAGCUAUAAAUGCCCCAUAACAGCUCAUAAAUGAAUCAGUGGAUAUCCAGUAUAAAAUUACAGCCAUACUGUUCUGCUCAUCGGACACAUAUUUUGGACAGAACAACUUAAGACUUUCCUAUAUUUUCCCAACGGAUUGAACACACCUGCGUUUUAGUACUGAAUCCCUCAAACUGGGUUCUUGGUUAACUGAAAUUUUCCUAUUGACUUUUCUAUGCACUUCAGGGGUGGUUGAUAUUGUUUUUUUUUUUUCUCCAGAAUGGACUGCAGAGGAUUGCAAUAUAUUUUAUUUAAAGCCAACCAAGAAGAAUAAAAUUAGUUUGAUAAUGUGUGUCGUAGAGUUUUCAGAUCUUGUAAAACUAAUCUCUCUCUUUUUUUCCAGGCUUAAAAUUUGAGAACGUUUGUAGACUUUCUUAAUUCGAAAGGCGAUAAUAGGAGAAAGCUUGCAAUGUGAAAGAAUUAAAAUGUUUUAUUUCACGGCUGUCUUGAGGUUAGAACUCCUUAGUUUAAGCAAAGCCAGGCUGUGCCAAUAGAACUUUGCAACGGGUCGUAUCUACUAGGGUUGCUGAGCUGUUCUGAUAAUUUGUGAGACUCUAGCAUCUUCUUCUCAAGAGGGAGCCCUAGGUGUAAAGCUUGAAAAAUUAUUUAAAAUGCUAGAAAGCCUCUUUACAAGGUCAACUCCAUUAACGGGUUGUUGCAAUCAUUUGUAGAUAAUGAACUUAAAAAGCAAUGGGCAAAAAUCAAGACACUCAUUUUUUUUUAAGAAGACCAAUUUUUUUAAAAAACUAAAGCCACAGAAUUCCCAGGAAGAUCUUGAUUCAGAUUGGUGGUUUCUUCUAAAUGUCACCAUCAUCGUGACCAUGGAUUUUGUUCAGAAAAUAACAGGGACAUGCUCUUCCUUAUUUUAGAAAACCAAUUUGCAUCAGAAACUGCUGUGAGCCAAUAACUGCUUUAUCAUUGCCUUACUUUAAAAAAAAAAAUCAGGUGUUUUUAAUUUUUAGAGCUGAAUUUGGGAUCGUUUUCUUUUGUUCAUUGGAAUCGUAUUAAAGGAAUUGGCAUUUUUCUUUCCAAGAUCAGAAAUGCACAGGUUCUCCUGCUUCCCUCCAAAGUUACAUCUGUACUUUCUUUGAUAUCCAAAAUAUGAUCAUAGAUGCUGGACUUCAGCUUGAAAGACAAGAUUUGAAGACUUCUAUGUGGUGGAACUUAAUUUCUUAUGAUCUUUUGAAGACGUUCUCCAGAUCAUUUCCACGAUUUUGGCUUACUCGGUUGUACAUAUUGUUUCUAUCGAAUUGUCUUAGCCGCCUUAAACCAGAGGACAAAUUCUAUGAGUUUCCUGUAGCUCAUUUGAAACCCUGAGGCUAAUAUUUUGGAUACCUUAUCAAAUUGUUUAAUAUUUCUAAUGGACUAGCACAAUGACAGGUGCAUACCCUCGGCUUCUCUAUUUUAUUUUAUUGGGAGUUUCGUUGUUUUUUUAAAAAAAAAAAUAUUCAAAAGUACUUAGCAGCGUACAAUAAUCUGUAAACUUGCAUCAAGUUUAUGAAUAAAAUGAACCAUUUUAAGAA